GUCACCGUCGUGGGCAUCGUGCGGCACGCCGAGAAGGCGCCGACGAACAUCCUCUACAAGGUGGACGACAUGACGGCAGCCCCGAUGGACGUCAGGCAGUGGGUCGAUACCGAUGAGGCGGGUGGUGAGAAUGUUGUGGUGCCUCCAGGAACUUACGUAAAGGUGGCUGGCCAUCUCCGCUCUUUCCAGAAUAAAAAAAGCUUGGUGGCAUUCAAGAUCAUGCCUCUGGAAAAUAUGAAUGAGUUCACUACGCACAUACUGGAGACUGUCAAUGCACAUAUGAUCCUCAGAAAAAUCUCGUCUUUGCAGUCAGCAUCGAGAGCGCCUCAGUCGUUUCACUCCACUGGGCUGGGUGACGUGAGGGGCUACGGAGGAGGCGGCAGCCUGCCCAUGAACGGGCUCACAGCGCAUCAGAGCCAGGUGCUGAACUUGAUUAAAAACUGCCACAUGCCCGAAGGUGUGAGUCUUCAAGAGCUGAGAAGUCAGCUCCCCAGUAUGAGCAUGCCAACGAUCAAGCAAGCGGUUGAAUUCCUUAGCAGCGAGGGACACAUCUACUCCACUGUGGAUGAUGAUCACUAUAAGUCGACAGAUGCUGAGUGA